AUGAACAAGGAAGCACACCAAGCAGAAUACAUUCAGAUUCACGACUUAAAUCAAUAAAGAGAACAAGAUGUGCAUAAUUUUGAUUACGCAUUGAGACUUUCUUCUUAAGAUCUAAGUGGGAUUGGCUCAUUUCAAAGGUACCACUUCUUUAUUCAAGCUCUUUCCUUUUGCAUUGGAUCUUUUGUGAUAUUUAAUUUACACUUUCUGGAGAACUAUCCUGAGUAUGAGUGCAGAUUUAGCAAUUCAAUGACUGAGUAUCAGUAGUGCUCUCGUGAAUUUGUAUGCAAUCCCAAUAUAACAGAUUGGAGGAUAAACUUUAACAGCACUCACACCCUCAAUAAUUGGAUAAUUGAUUUUGAUUUACACUGUGAACCCUAAUGGAAAGUUGGCCUUUUAGGCUUUAAUUUAUUUUUCGGGAUCCUUAUCGGAAGUCUAGUUAUUAAUCCACUUGGGGAUAUAUGGGGAAGAGCAACAACCUACAGAUUCAGUAUGACUUUAUCAAUUCUUUCAAAUUUACUCAUGGUUAUUUCAUACGACUUGUAUCUGCUAUACGCAUCUCUAUUCUUAUUUGGAAUAGCAUCUGCUGGAAGGAGUUCAGUCGGACAUAUUUGGCUAAUGGAGCAUUUGCCAUCAGAUAGCCAAGUAUAUUAUGCAACUAUAAGUAGAUUCUUAGAAGCCACUGCCCCUAUUAUAACAUCAUUUGUCUUUGAAUAUGGUGAUAUAGAUUGGAGGCACAUAUAUUAUUGUACUUUAGGAGUUAGCUUCUUUUGCUUACUAGGUUCUUUCUUUAUUCCAGAAUCUCCAAAAUACUUGAUUAGUCUAAACAGAGUGAUAGAGGCUAAAAGAAAUAUAAAGAAAAUAGCAAAGUUCAAUGGAGCAUAUGAUUCUUUGACUUGGAAGGAUUUUAAGUUUAAAAAGCAUAUUCAGAAAAAUGGGGGUUAAAAUGAAAGAAUUAAGAAAUCUACCAGGUAAAAUAUUUGGAAGUAACCAAAGCAAAGAGCAAAUUGUUUAGUUAUGAUGAUCAACUGGUUUGGUGUACUUUUUACUUUUUAUACUUUAAACUUUUUGUUGAAAUAUAUGCCAGGCAGCAUUUAUGAUAAUACUAGAUUUUCUUCAGGAGCUGAUCUAACUGGCUAUACAUUACUUUGCCUAUUUUUUACGUACCUCGGAGCUAAGAAAUCUUUGAUUUUAUUCUGGGGAUUACUGGUGAUAUUGAUACCCAUAUUAAUAUUGAACACUGAUGAUUGGAAGGCUGUUGCAAUAUUGUUAUUCCUCAACAAACUGUCAGUCUCAGCAUUACUUGAUGCUAUUUACAUCAUUAAUGUAUAGUUAUUUGAGCCUCAAGUGAGAAGCUAUGCUCUUGGUUAUUGCAAUAUCUUAGGAAGAUUUGGAGCUAUUUUUUCGCCAAUAGUGGCAGAACUCCAAGAUAAAAUACCUUUAAUAGUUUUACUAAUAGUAGCUAUCUUAUGCUUGACUGUUUCUUGCUUUCUAAGAGUAAAGAAGUCAGAUCAUAAUUAGCGUUGA